CGGCCCCGGCUCUGGAUGCAGCGCCGCCUCCUCUCCGCGUAGCUGGCCGGCUGGGCGGUCGUGACAAUGUUGCGGGGUUGGUAGCUGGGCGCCGGCUGCCGAACCGUCUCAAGUUUAAACUUACACGAAUCGCUCUCUAGAGGAGGAGGGGACCGCCGCGCGAUUGACACGCAUAUUCCUAUAGGCAUCCUCCGUCAGCCCCCACCCCCACGGUCGGAUUCGGGUGGCUCCUCUCGGCGCUGAAAUCCGAGAAAUCCUUGGAUCUCUUGUUUUCUUAAAAAAAAAAAAAAAAAUCCAGAAACCGUUCGGUAUUUUGCUUUUCUGCUUCCCAUUCUCAAGAUGAAGAAGUUUUUUGACUCCCGGCGAGAGCAGGGAGGCUCUGGCCUGGGCUCCGGCUCCAGCGGAGGAGGGAGCAGCACUUCGGGCCUGGGCAGUGGCUACAUCGGAAGGGUCUUUGGCAUCGGGCGGCAGCAGGUCACGGUGGACGAGGUGUUGGCCGAAGGUGGAUUUGCUAUCGUGUUUUUGGUGAGGACAAGCAAUGGAAUGAAAUGUGCCUUGAAACGCAUGUUUGUUAACAAUGAGCAUGAUCUCCAGGUGUGCAAGAGAGAAAUCCAGAUAAUGAGGGACCUGUCAGGGCAUAAAAACAUUGUGGGCUACAUUGACUCCAGUAUCAACAAUGUGAGUAGUGGUGAUGUUUGGGAAGUUCUCAUUCUGAUGGACUUUUGUAGAGGAGGUCAGGUGGUCAACCUGAUGAACCAGCGCCUGCAAACAGGUUUUACAGAGAAUGAAGUGCUCCAGAUAUUUUGUGACACCUGUGAAGCUGUUGCUCGCCUGCAUCAGUGCAAAACUCCUAUUAUCCAUCGUGACCUGAAGGUUGAAAAUAUUCUCUUGCAUGACCGAGGCCAUUAUGUCCUGUGUGACUUUGGAAGUGCCACCAACAAAUUCCAGAAUCCUCAAACCGAAGGAGUCAAUGCAGUAGAAGAUGAGAUUAAGAAAUACACAACGUUGUCCUAUCGAGCACCAGAAAUGGUCAACCUGUACAGUGGCAAAAUCAUCACUACGAAGGCAGACAUUUGGGCUCUUGGAUGUUUGUUAUAUAAAUUAUGCUACUUCACUUUGCCAUUUGGGGAGAGUCAGGUGGCAAUUUGUGAUGGAAGCUUCACAAUUCCUGAUAACUCUCGAUAUUCUCAAGAUAUGCACUGCCUAAUUAGAUAUAUGUUGGAACCAGACCCUGACAAAAGGCCGGAUAUUUACCAGGUCUCCUACUUCUCAUUUAAACUACUCAAGAAAGAAUGCCCAAUUCCAAAUGUACAGAACUCUCCCAUUCCUGCGAAGCUUCCUGAACCAGUGAAAGCCAGUGAGGCAGCUGCAAAAAAGACUCAGCCAAAGGCCAGACUGACAGAUCCCAUUCCCACCACAGAGACUUCAAUUGCACCCCGUCAGAGGCCUAAGGCUGGGCAGACUCAGCCGAACCCAGGAAUCCUUCCUAUCCAGCCAGCCCUUACACCUCGAAAGAGGGCCACAGUUCAACCUCCCCCUCAGGCCGCAGGAUCUAGCAAUCAGCCUGGCCUUUUAGCCAGUCACCCCCAACCAAAACCCCAGGCCCCUUCUGGUCAACCUCAACCCAAGCAGCCACAAGCUCCACCUACCCCACAGCAGACACCUUCCACUCCGGCCCAGGGUGUGCCCACUCAGGCCCAGGCCACACCCCAGCACCAGCAGCAACUUUUCCUCAAGCAGCAGCAGCCACAGCAGCAACCAUCACAGCAGCCACAACAGCAACAACAGCAACCACCAUCCCAGCAGCCAGUGGGCACAUAUUACCAGCAGCAGCAGCAGCAACAGCAGCAGCAGCAGCAACAGCAGCAGCAGCAGCAGCAGCAGCAGCAGCAGCAGCAGCAGCCCCAGGCUCAGCAGCAGAUUCAAGCUCCAGGAAGACAACAGCCAAAGGUUCAGACAACUCCACCCCCUACUGUCCAGGGGCAGAAACUCGGAUCUCUCACUCCUCCAUCAUCCCCCAAGACCCAGCGUGCUGGGCACAGGCGGAUUCUCAGUGAUGUAACCCACAGUGCAGUCUUUGGGGUUCCUGCCAGCAAAUCAACCCAGCUGCUCCAGGCAGCUGCAGCUGAGGCCAGUCUUAAUAAAUCCAAGUCUGCAACCACCACUCCAUCAGGCUCCCCUCGGACCUCCCAGCAAAAUGUUUAUAAUCCAUCAGAAGGUUCUACAUGGAAUCCAUUUGAUGAUGACAAUUUCUCCAAACUCACAGCUGAAGAAUUGCUAAAUAAGGAUUUUGCCAAACUGGGUGAAGGCAAACAUCCUGAGAAGCUGGGGGGCUCAGCUGAGAGUUUGAUCCCAGGCUUUCAACCAACCCAAGGUGAUGCUUUUGCCACUUCCUCGUUUCCUGCUGGAACCGAAAAACUAAUUGAGGGCCUCAAAUCUCCUGACACUUCUCUUCUGCUCCCUGAACUCUUGCCCAUGACAGAUCCUUUUGGUAGCACUUCUGAUCCUGUAAUUGAAAAAGCUGAUGUUGCUGUUGAGAGUCUCAUACCAGGACUGGAGCCCCCGGUGCCCCAGCGCCUCCCUUCUCAGAUGGAAUCUGUGACCUCGAACCGAACAGAUUCUCUCACUGGGGAAGAUUCCCUCAUUGAUUGCUCUCUGCUUUCUAACCCUACCACUGAUCUUCUGGAAGAAUUUGCCCCCAUAGCGAUCUCUGCUCCGGCCCAUAAAGCUGCAGAAGAUAGUAAUCUCAUCUCAGGUUUUGAUGUCCCUGAGGGCUCGGACAAGGUGGCAGAAGAUGAGUUUGACCCUAUUCCUGUAUUGAUAACCAAAAACCCACAAGGUCUCCAGAAAGAGCCCAAUCCCUGUCCUGUAAUAACUGUAGAGCACUUUAAAGAAUCAGCGGGCGUUAAAGACCUUGCCCUGUAUCCAGACCCAUCCAGAGUGCCUGGCACGAAAAUUCAGAACAGUUUAGAAUCUGACUACUUAGCCAGAGAUGGCCCUUCAAGCAACAGCUCCUUCCACAGUAGUGAAGAGGAAGGGACUGACCUUGAGGGGGACAUGCUGGACUGCAGUGGGUCUCGACCUCUCCUAAUGGAGUCUGAAGAAGAGGAUGAGAGCUGCAAGCCUCCCCAGGGGAAGUUGGGAGGAGCCACUCCAUUCUCUCAGUCAGAAGUCUCUACUGAGCAAGCAAAGGUAGUACAAGGUGGAAGAAAGAAUCAGUUCCAAGCCGUCACUCAGUCAACCACUGAUGGUCUUGGUGAGCCAGAUGUUUUUGCCACAGCCCCCUUCAGGAGCUCAAGAAUUCCAACUGAUGACAUGGACAUUUUCUCCAAAGCUCCAUUUGUCUCCAAAGGUAGUGUGGCUCCAUCGCAGCCUGAGGAGGCGGAUGUAUUCUUGAGAGCUCCCUUUACCAAGAAGAAAAGCAUGGAGGAGUUAGCAGUUACCCAGAGCACCUCCCAGGAGCUGCCUGCACAGGCCAGUCUUCUCAGUCAGACAGAUGAUGUCCCUCUGCUUUCAGGCCUUGACAGAGCAAUAUAUGCCUCUGUCCGAGCUCAGUAUUCCAUGCCUGGUUUUGUCCAACAAUCUAAUCUCCCCUCCCAGUCUGUACAAGCAGCAGACCAUCUUGAUAGCGUCUCUCCUAGGGGCUCCUCCUUGGAAUCUGGAGGCCAUUCUAAUGACAGAAACAAAGGACCUCAGUCCCAGAAAGAAGCUGUGUCAGUCCCCAUGGCUGGUAAACCAUUCCGCCCUCAGUCUUUGUCCAAAUAUUCCCGUCACUAUAGCCCAGAAGAUGAGCCAAGUCCAGAAGCCCAGCCCAUUGCUGCCUACAAAGUUGUUUCACAAACCAACAAGCAGUCUAUAGCUGGCUCUGUUUCCAUCACAUCCCUUUCCUCCAGGACUACAGAGUUGCCAGCUGCUGAUCCUUUUGCUUUAGCGCCUUUUCCUUCAAAAUCAGGCAAGCAGAAACCUUAGGAGCAAUACCUGAGCCUUAGGCCUCUUUCUCUACCCCACCCUUAAUACCCACCACACCAUUCCCAGUUGCGCCUUCCUCAGAAAAAAAAAUAUCUGUUAUUUUAUUUCCAGUCAGAGCAGAACUUCCAUCUACACACUCAGUUGCAGUGAUACUAGAUUGAAACCCCUUUAAGUUAUGCUUAUUUCUUUUGUUUAUUUUGAUUUCUGGGCCUUUGGUCAUUUCCUUCUCCACCUCCACCCAGAUCCCUUUAUUUUCCCCAAAAACUGUUUAAAUUCCAAAAUACUUCACCCCAACCCCAAAGUUACCAUUUUAUUGUUCAUUUUCUUGCAGUUCCUGUUUUGUGUCAUGUCCAGCGAGAAAUGAAACUUAGACUUUCAGGAGUUGAUUUAACACUCUUGGGGGGGGAAAGGGAUAUUUCUGGAAGGAAGUGUAAAAUUAAAUUACUGCACAUUAAGAGGAGGUGUCAUCCUGCAGAUACAAAUCAUUCCUGUAAAACCAGCAGCUCUAGAAGGAUUCUCUGUUCUGUUCCUGUGUCUCUGCGAGCCAGGCUGGUCCUCGUGCAUGAGUGUCUGUGGGUGUGUGUGUCAUAUACCUUCCUACAUAGAAAUGCAAACAGAUGAGAGAUUUGCUCAUGUCUAAUAAUGUUGAGACUUCACCAUGUCCAUGCUUUUAAAAUUUAUCUGAAUACACAGGUUGUGUGUGUGUGUGUGUGUGUGUGUGUGUGUAUGUGUGUGUGUAAGCACGCACUUCUGCACAUGUGCAGAGGAAGCUUUUUUUCCUUUAGGUAAAUUCUGUGCCACCAUGCCUACCUCCACGAUCACUUAUUUACUGGCAUUUGUCUCCUGACCUAACUGACUUGAAUCCUAUCUAAUUCAGUUCUUUUCUUGUGGCAAAAUUGAAAUCAUUGGAAGGUAUAGGAAAAUCCUGCUGGAACUGAGGAUUCAGAGUGAAUAUUUUUUCUCCAGAAACUUCUGUUUGAUAUUAAUAAAUUCCAUGUAUUUAGUCAUGAGAAAUUAUCCUUUUACAUUUUCCCCUCAAAACAAUUAAAACAAGAGCAUCUUGUUACUUUCCCAACCGCAUAUUCAUGCAGACUUAGUAAUUUUUCAAAGUACUCAAAAAUCUUAGGUCUGAGCAUUCUCUGCUGCCACCAUGGAAUUAAUUAAUCAUGAUACUCAUCAAAAACUAAAUUUGUUUGUUUCCAAAUCCUUGCCAUCUUUCUCUACUGCCUCUCAAAGAAAUACAAAUCUGAGACAUGAAAAUAAAUUUUGGGAGAAUGGAAAAGUGCUGAAUUAACUAGCCAUGAAGACCUCUCAAUUCUCUAUCCUAUUUAGAUAUGCAGUAGGCCAGGUAGAUGACUGACUUGUGUUUUUUAACAUAAGUGCAUCUCCUAUUUCUGGAGAGAUCUCAUUCCUAGCUGUUUUCAUACCCUUCCUUAUCAGUGCCUUACGAUGAAAUGUUUCAGUGAGAAGAUUUCUGCUAAGGAAGUUCAGCUUCAUGGGAAGAGUUGCUGCAUCGUAUUUCAAGCUUCCUCUGACUGUUGCAAAUGUUAGUGAUUUCUUUAUUAGCUGGAGAUUUCUCUAUUUGUUGGGAGAGUUGUUUACCAAACCAAAUGAAUAAUUAAAGAAUUGUUGGUAAUUAAUCCAAGAAUCAAGCUUGAAUGCCAAACUAAUGCAGUUUGAUUAGGUGUGUUAGUCUUUUAAUUUGAAGGUUGGAGAUCUUUGCAGUAAGAUGUAAAUAGUUGCUUUUUGAGACAUUUUCUAGUCUAGUCUCCAUGUAUUUCAAAUGUUCAGGUUAAAAGGUAAACUUGAGUUUGCUUUCCCCCAAUUGACUUUUCUGAUCUUUCUGUGUAACAAUGGAUGAAAAAUCAUCUUUCAACUUGAAUGAGUAAUUUGGGCUAAUGCAUAUGGAACUUUGCAUCCCUUGGUGGUUAACACUUAAAGCACUCAAAGGGAGGAGCUAAAAGGAUAGGAAUACUCAGGGUGAGUUCUCAUCCUAGAUCAGAAACAUAUUUUAAAAAGUGAUUCUAAUCACUCUUCCAAAUAUUCAGGAUUACCCCUAUAACAACCCAGCAGAAUGUCUUUAGUUAUAUAUGUACAUCCUCUCUUAUAGUAGCUAUUUUACUUUUCAUGAUAAUAAAUUCAUAAACUUCAUAGUUGAAUCACUUCUCAUUCUCACUGGAGACCCAUGAUGAGUGGAGACUCCUAAUACAUUUGAAUGAGAAAUUAAUAUAAACACAUGAAAAUUAUGUUGUUUUUACUGAGUGAUGCAUGAUUUUUUUUUGACUAUUGGAUUACAUUGAUUAUUAGCUAAUAACUAGUGAAUUCUUUGGAUCAUAUAGUGAUAAAAUGUCAUUAAAUAAAAUGCAUCAUUUAAAGAUAAAAUGUCACUGCCAGAGGCCAGCCUGAAAUGGAAAUCUGGAAAAUUUAGUUUUAAGGGACUCAGGAAUGCUCAGGAUGUUCUGAAUUUGUAGCAAGUUCAUGUUUCCAACAACUAUAUUUCAACAGGUUAACAUUAAAGAGAAAAAGAAAAUAUAUUAUAGUCAACAAAAUAAUGCAUCACUUGUUUUAGUUUGUUUUAUGUAUUAAUUUGUUUUACACAUCUGAUAGGGAAUGCAGAAACUUGUGACCUUUCAUUUCAGUGGAUCACAGUGAACCAUAGCACAUUUAGUCAUAAGGCAUUGAACCACAACAUGCACUGAUGAAAGCUUAAAGAAUUCAUGUUAAUUGACUAACGGGCACUUCUGAAUCAAGGAAGUUAUUUUAUGUGUGGUGAAAGUAUUUAACAUAUCUCUUAGGCUCACAUACAGUUCGUUAGCUCCAAAUCCUUAGUAGACUGGAAAAUGGAAUGAAGAUAAUUUGAUGUUGAAACACAUGCAGGACCUCAGGGAAUCUAGGUCCUAAGUGGUUUCAUUUGGGGCCCACUCAUUGGUGAGUUGAAAUGUUUGUGGUAUAAAUUGGUGUGUAUGUGUUUACGUGCCCAUGUUAAGCCUGAGUUUAAUCUGAUAACCAAAAUUUCUAAACUUUUAAGAAAAAUGCCAGUAUCUUAUUGAUCCAUUACUUAUUUAGUACAUUUUAGAAGUUGUACAUCAGUGUUUUAAACUAUUUGGUGGACAUUUCACUAACUCAUAAAGUAGUAGGUUUCGGUUUUAUUUCAAAUAAAUAUUAUCAACCAGAGUGAUCUGGCAAUAGAAAUUCAAUCAUGUUUUAUUUGCUUCCAUACAGAAAAGUAAUCAAAACAUCAUUAUAACCAUAAUAACAUGUAUACAUUAUAUAGGAUAUGAAAUUUUAUUAUAGGAAAUUAAAGAAGAGUAGGAUCUGGCUCAUUCUAGCUUAAAAUGGAGUCACUUGGGUCCCUUUAAUGAAGAAAGAUGCUAUUCUCUGCUAUGUUUUUGGACUUAUAAUUGGAAAACACAUACCAAACAACUUUGGGAUGGCUGCUGGCCACACAGAUGGAGAAAGAACUUUCUGUCUCCAGAUUAUUUUGAUGAAAGGUACAUAGGAGAGCUACUAAAAAGACCACAACUUAGAGACAGAGACACCCUGUAAUUGCCAGAGCUGCCCCUGAAUCCUAAUAUUCCUAUCCUGUCAAAUAGUGUAAACAUGAAGAUUUUAAAUGAAAUGGUAUAAAUUUUAGUUUUUACUACUAAUAGUUUUUUAUUUUAAUCACCAGAACACUUGCAAAUGUGUGACUUGUGAAGUUCACUUAAGGAAGGAUUUCAAAUGGUUGAAAAUAAGUGGUUGCUGAUUGGAAAUUUUAUGUUCUUUUGCUGCAAAGCGAAUUUUCUCAGUUACUGAAACAACUGUUGCCUUUGCUUAGAUGUGAGAAUCCACACUGGCAGUGUCUUGAUUCCCAGGAUGGCACAUUGCUCUCUGGCUUCAUGGUCCUACCUGCCUCUUUUGCACCUUGACCUUUAUUAGGAAACAGGCCUCCCACAUGUAGUGUCCAAGAUCCUGUCAAUAACACACAGACAGUUCUUUCCUGUUUUUUCUCUAUCCCAUAAGUCUUUCUGACUCACCUUCCUUGUUCCCUUACCCCCUACUCAUUUCCUUACUUAACAUUCCCCUGUUAUCACCAUACCAAUAAGUGGAUGAUGAGAGAAAAAGAAUUGACCAUGUUAAUUGUCUCUCCCAUGUUCUGUAAACAGUUUCUUACAUUUCCACCUAGCCUGUGGUAAUCUCACCACACUGGAAUAAUUCCAAAUGAGAAUGAAAUGGUUCAUAGUACUUCUUUUAAAGGAUGAAGGAAGGUUGGCAGAACCCUAACCUUAUUCUGUGGGGAGACAACUCAAAGAUUUCUCUCCACCUUGAUCUAAGGCCCAGAGUGCCUUAGAAUGCAGAAGCAAGUUUGAUGUAUGAAGGGAUUAUGGGAUAGCUUGUAAAAAUGUCUAAAUGUUAACAAGCACACUGGUGGCUUAAUCCAGUAUUCCAUUACUUGUGAUUCCUUAAGAUUUUAGUCUGAGCUACUUUCCAUCAAUCUCAAUGUGUGUGACACAGUUACAAGUUUAUAAUAACAUGUUUUGCUCUUGAAAUUCAGUGUUACCUGUAUUACACUCUAAUAGUAUCAUGUAUACAGGUUAAAGGGAUCUGCUUGGUUCCUUUUAGCAAGGAAUUACAGAAAAUGUUUUUAACAAUAUGAAGGUCAGACUUUGGGAAUGAGAACAGACAAUGUACCCCUUUCACUCUUAAAAAAUGCAAGUGUUCUCUGAGUCAUCCAAAGACUCCUAUUAGAGGACUGUGGAUGAAAAGUGUGUGUGUGUGUGUGUGUGUGUGUGUGUGUGUGUGUGUGUGGUGUCAUGCUUUCUGCCAUGGUGUUAAAACCUUACAAGGACAUCCAAAGAAUACUAAGAGGUGACAGUAGAUAUUUGGCAUGGGUGAAUUCAGUUCCCUUCACCGCCAAUUAUGAGAUCUAUUGUUCUAAAUAAAGGUGGGAAAAAGCAGCCAUUGCCAUAGUCUCAUUUCCAUAGUAAGUAUGUUUCUUCUUAUCCACAAGAAUGAAACUCAGUAGGGCUUGCCCUGAAUCCUUGACUCUUGUGGUAUUCGGAGAACAGUAGUGACCAGAACACUACAAGACCUGCAAGAUGUUACUUUGAAAGAGAAAAUUUUAACAUCACUUGUAGGGAAUAGAAACCAAAUAAAAGCCAAGACUAUGCUAAUUCCAUGAAGAAGAGGUGAACUCCCUCUGCUGAUUGUAUUUUAAGUUGACUGAGGAGGUCAAUCCAGCUAUAAGGAGUAUUUAGGUCAUCAGACCUUAGCAGCAAUAUAGGCCUGCAAUAUAAUGGGCUAUGAAAUGGAAAGGAAGGGAAAAAGACAAAGUCAAUCUUAACAGUUUUUGCAAUACCUCUUAUUUGCAGACUAUUGGAUUUAUGUUAUUGCACUCUGUGUGAUCUAUCUUAUGUAUCUGAUAGUUUUUAUGAAUACUGGUUUGAGUUGUAAACUCCUAUACACUUUAUUAAAAUGGGCCUAAUUAAAAAUCAAUUACUUACACUUUGUAUUA